AUGAAUGUGAGCAGAGACAAGGUCGGUGACAUCUCCAUCCCGGCAGCGGCAGCCGCCGCGGUGACAGCCCCCGCAGCCGCUGGCAUCGGCGGGGAGUCCUGCGGCUUGCACGGGGAAGGCAUGGACAGCCAUGGGGAGCAGCGGCUCUCGGCCAGCGGCGAGCUGCCUCUCUAUUCCUGCCCUGGAAAUAGGGACAGGCAAGGGGACAACCAGAGCAACACCCCCGGGCAAGAGGGGGCAGUGGCCGCGCUGCCCAUGGUGCACAGAACCACCUCCUUCUCCGUCCUCGACAUCCUGGACCCUAACAAAUUCAACAGCAAACGGCGGCAGUGCGCGGUCUUGUACAAAUCUGUGGGGACCGAGUUCACGCUGGGGGCGGAGGAUAAACCCGAGGACACAGGGACGGAGCUGACCGACCAAAAGGCGCUCGCUGAAGAUUUUGACACGUGCAAGAAGUCUGCAGAGCUGAUCAAGGACGGCGAUCUCUACAAGUCCGAGGAGUGCGACCUGGACUACAGCAGCCGGCCGAGCCGCAGCCCCGACAGCGAACUGCCGGACGACGAAGAGCUGUGCAGCGAGGAAAGCAGCAGCAGCACCAGCAGCAGCAGCACCAGCAGCUCGGCGAUCACCGGCGAAACCGACCCGGGCCACCUCCACGCUGAGGCAGGGGGGGUCCCACCCCCGCCUCCACCACCUCCGCCGCCGCCCCCCCAGCAACCCUCGGUGGCGGCUCCUGGGUCUGGGCAGCAGAACCAGCAGCAAGCCAAGCCCAAGAGGAAGCGAACGGGCUCGGACUCGAAGUCGGGCAAGCCCCGGCGGGCGCGGACAGCCUUCACCUACGAGCAGCUGGUGGCGCUGGAGAACAAGUUCAAGUCCACCCGGUACCUGUCGGUCUGCGAGCGCCUCAACCUGGCCCUGUCCCUCAGCCUCACCGAGACGCAGGUGAAGAUCUGGUUCCAGAACCGCCGCACGAAGUGGAAGAAACAGAACCCGGGGGCCGACACCAGCGCGCCCACCGGCGGGGGAGGGGGCGGCGGAGGGGGUGCGGGGGGAGGGUUGGGUGGAGGGGGACUGGCGGGGGGGCUCAGCCCCCUCAGCCACUCACCCCCCAUGGGCAACCCGCUCUCCAUGCACGGCCCCGGCAGCUACGCCGGACACCCCGCCGGGGGUUUGGUCUGUGCCGCCCAGCUGCCCUUCCUGCCCAGCCCCGCCGUCCUCUCGCCCUUCGUGCUGGGCUCGCAGACUUACGGCGCUCCGGCUUUCUACACUCCGCACCUAUAA